UACGUAGAAAAAAAAAAGAGAAAGAGUAGUUUGCUGCUUUAAAUUUUAGAAUGGAAUGACCCAUAUGUAUUUUGCCUGGAGCCUGCUGGAGCCUAACAUAAAACAUUUAUAAUUUCAUAUAUAAAAAAAAAAUUAGAGAGGUCUUGGAUUUAUAUUUUAUUGUUGUGAUGAUCCCUUCCAUCAGUUUAUAAUUCUAACGCUCGUCAUAAUAAAUACACAACAUCUGAGUAUUAUACUAAUCUGUGAUUGGCUGUUAAUCAGUCGGCUGAUUUUUUUAGAGAAAGACAGUUUAGGUGAACAAAGUACAACCAGCUGACCAACCGAACAUUCAUCGUGGCAGUUUUCAAGCAUCUACACGCUUUUUUUUAAUUUUUUAAAUAAAUUGCUCCUAUUUUUCAAAGUACAAUUUAUUUUUUUUUAUAACAUUCCAAGUUAUUUAUCAAAUUAAUUUAACAACAUGAGUGAACAAGUUGCUGAUAUUGCCUUGAUUGGCCUGGCAGUUAUGGGUCAAAAUUUAAUUUUAAACAUGAAUGAUCAUGGUUUUGUUGUUUGUGCAUACAACCGUACAACUGACAAGGUAAAAUUAUUUUGUGAAAAUGAAGCCAAGGGUACAAAUGUCAUUGGUGCUUAUAGUCUUGAAGAAAUGGUUGGUAAACUUAAAUUACCACGCAGAGUUAUGCUACUAGUGAAAGCUGGUGCAGCAGUUGAUGCAUUUAUUGAUAAACUACUUCCAUUAUUGUCAAUUGGUGACAUAAUAAUUGAUGGUGGUAAUUCAGAGUAUCAUGAUACUGAAAGAAGAACAAUUGAAUUGGAAAAAAAAGGUAUACUUUUUGUUGGUUGUGGAGUAAGUGGUGGUGAAGAAGGUGCAAGAUAUGGUCCAUCAUUGAUGCCUGGUGGUAAUGUAAAAGCUUGGCCAUAUAUUAAGCCAAUAUUUCAAAAAAUAUGUGCUCAAAGUGAUGGUGAUCCAUGUUGUGAUUGGGUUGGUGAAACUGGUGCUGGUCAUUUUGUUAAAAUGGUACAUAAUGGUAUUGAAUAUGGUGAUAUGCAACUUGUUUGUGAAGCAUAUCAGCUAAUGCGUGAUGGUCUUGGUCUUGGACAAGAUGAAAUGAGUAAAGUAUUUGAAGAAUGGAAUAAACAUGAACUUGAUUCAUAUCUCAUUGAAAUAACACGUGAUAUAUUAAAAUAUAAAGAUGAUAAAGGUUAUUUACUUGAAAGAAUAUGUGAUACUGCUGGACAAAAAGGUACUGGUAAAUGGACAGCAAUUGCAGCACUUGAAUAUGGUAUACCAGUAACUCUAAUUGCUGAAUCUGUAUUUGGUAGAUGUUUAUCUGCAUUAAGAAAUUCACGUAUUGAAGCAUCAAAUAUUAUUAAAAGAAAACGUUCAACAUUUAAAGGAGAUAAAAAUGAAUUUAUAAAUCAUAUUAGAAAAGCAUUAUAUGCAUCAAAAAUAAUAUCAUAUGCUCAAGGUUUUAUGUUACUUCAAGAAGCUGCUAAAGAACAUAAUUGGAAUUUAAAUUAUGGUGGUAUUGCACUUAUGUGGAGAGGUGGUUGUAUAAUAAGAAGUCGUUUUUUGGGUAAUAUUAAACAAGCAUUUGAUAAAAAUCCAAAAUUAACAAAUUUAUUAUUAGAUGAUUUUUUUUCUGAUGCUAUUAUUAAUUGUGAUGAAAGUCUUAAAACAAUUGUAUCAACAGCUGCUAAUAUAUCAAUACCAAUACCAGCAUUUUAUUCAGCACUUGGUUUUUUGGAUGGUUUUACAACAGCAAAAUCAUCAGCAAAUUUAAUUCAAGCACAAAGAGAUUAUUUUGGUGCACAUACAUAUGAAAUUAUUGGUCAAGAAGGUAAAUUUGUACAUACUAAUUGGACUGGAAGAGGUGGUUCAGUAUCAUCAACAACAUAUGAUGCAUAAUUCAUUAAAAUAUUAUAUUUUUAAAAUACAAAUACUUGUGCAUUAUUUCAUUAUUUUUUUUUUCUUUCUUAAAUCUUUGUAUUUUUCUACAAGAUUGUACAAUGAAAUUUAAAUAAAAUUAUUUAUACAAAUUUAAAAAAAAAAACAUGCCGAACAAAUUGAAAUAAUCAACAAUACGUGUAUAUACAUAUUUUGUGCUAUUGUAUCUAAUAAAACUUUGGUACAUAUUUUUAUAUAUUUUCCAAUGUAAUUAAAAUAUCUUGAAAUUUCGUUGAUAAAUAUGUCAUUUUUUUAAAAA